GCACUGAAGGGUCCAACGUGCGUGCAUUCUAACUAUAUUUAAAUUGUUUAAUUAAUUAAAUAUAUAUGGCACAAUGUUUGUGCUGGCCGAGCUGAAGGAUACCGUGCGCAUUGCACCGGACCAGUUCAACUUACAGUUGGUGGACGCUGUGCGUGACGAAAUUGACCGCAAACUGGCCAACAAGGUGCUACUUAACGUUGGGCUGUGCAUAGCGCUCAAGGAGAUUGUGUCGCUGCAGGACUCCAUUAUUUUACCAGGCGACGGUGCCUCCCACACCGAAGUGCUCUUUCGCUACAUUGUUUUCCGUCCCAUGGUCGGCACCGUGAUGACCGGCAAAAUACGCAACUGCAGCCGUGAAGGAGUCCACGUUACGAUGGGCUUCUUUGAUGACAUACUCAUACCACAUGCAGCGUUGCAGCAUCCCUCCCGCUUCGACGAGGCCGAGCAGGCCUGGGUCUGGGAGUAUCCUUUGGAGGACGGCGCCAAGCACGAUCUCUUUAUGGACGUUGGCGAGCCCAUCAAAUUCCGAGUGUCGCGCGAAAUCUUCGAGGAGACAUCUCCAGUUGGACCGCCAAAAACGGACGCCCAAAGCACGCAGGGCCCCAGCACAUCGACAGCUGCGGCCACAGCUGCGCAGGAGACCAAGACUCCGUACAAGAUUAUUGGGGCGAUUAACGAGUCCGGCCUGGGCGUACUCUCCUGGUGGGAUCAGCAAGGCAAAGAGGACUACCAAGAUGACGAGGACAAUGCGGAGUACGACAAUGAUGAGGAUGGCGAGGGUGCGUGCGAAGAAUGACCCAUCCUGACUACAUACCAUGGCGCCAUGCAACACUGAAACCAAGACGUUUCCAGCUGCUAUUCAGCUGCAACAAAUCAACAUGUAAAUACGUUCCCAUUUCGGAGCUUAUGCCUGACGAAAUCGAAUAAUCGAAUAACUUUAAAUGAA